GUAGGAGUGCGACACGAAUCAGCGGAACGUUUUCGUGAGAUUGCUUGUCAUCCUUCAACGUGGCGCCUCACUCUCUCACACACACACACACACACACACACGUAGGCAGGCCAAUAGCAGAGUGUGUGAGCGGGUUUUAAACUGCAGGGAGGCUGGAUCAAUGCGUGGGGGAAACACUGAAAAUCCGAUUUAACGGAGAAAAUAGACUUUAGAUACCAGUACGGAUUUAACGUAAAGCUUUUUUCCCUCCUAUAAAUCAGUGUUUCUCUUCGUGCGCGCGAGGCAUCAGGGGGACACGGAGCCUUCGAGGGGGUUAUUUAUAACUUUAAUCCCUGUAAGAGGCGACUGGUUAGUAGACCCCCCUGUUCGGACAGUGGUAAUAGCCAUGCACGGUGUGUGUGUAGUGUGUGUAGUGUGUGUGUUGGUGUGUGUGGUGGAUCUGAAGCCCAUGUUGAGAAAGGAUAGAAUUCACCAUGACCCCGAACUUAGCAGCAAGCCGCACGAAGCCCAGCACGCGCACCAGCAGAGCCUCCAGUUCGACCAUGAAGCUUUCCUGGGGAAAGAAGAAGCGAGGACUUUCGACCAGCUGAGUCCAGAGGAGAGCAGAGACAGGCUGAGUAAGAUUGUGGAUCGUAUCGAUAGUGAUGCUGAUGGGUUCAUCACCUCUGACGAACUGAACCUUUGGAUUAAACGUGUUCAAAAGCGAUAUGUUUACGAGAACGUGGCUAAAAUCUGGCGUGACUACGACCUGAAUAAAGACGACGCGAUUGGCUGGGAUGAGUACAAACAGGCCACCUAUGGAUACUACCUCGCGAAUCCAGAAGAGUUUGCAGAUUCGACCGAUCAGUUCAGCUUUAAGAAGAUGCUGCCCCGAGACGAGCGCAGGUUUAAGGCGGCUGAUCUGAACGGAGACGGGAGAGCAGAGAGGGAUGAGUUCACUGCUUUCCUCCAUCCUGAGGAAUUCGAGCACAUGAGGGACAUUGUCGUCCUGGAGACGCUGGAGGACAUAGAUAAGAACGGAGACGGCUACGUGGACGAAGACGAAUACAUCGCGGACAUGUUUGCACAUGAAGAUGGUGGGCCUGAACCGGACUGGGUGAAAACUGAGAGGGAUCAGUUUUCCGAUUUCCGAGACCUGAAUAAAGAUGGGAAGAUGGACAUGGAGGAGAUUCGUCACUGGAUUCUUCCUCCGGAUUACGAUCACGCUCAGGCUGAGGCGCGACACCUUCUCUACGAGUCCGACACGGAUAAGGAUCAGAUGCUGACAAAAGAAGAGAUUCUGCAGAACUGGAACAUGUUUGUAGGAAGUCAAGCAACAAACUAUGGAGAAGAUCUGACCAGAAACCAUGACGAGCUCUGAACAACGCACAAGCAAGCACAAUAAUGACCAUUUCUCCAUUCACUCCAUUAAUAACACUCUGUUAAAUAAGUCCAUGAACUCUGAUCACACACUGAGUCUCAUCAGUAAUCACUAAAACAUUCUGAGGAUGUGAAAUUCCAGCACUUUCUCCAGGACUGACUGACUGACAGAUCUACUGAUUUGCAGCUCUCUAAUCUACCUCAGUGUUACUCUGUGGCCUUUGUGGCUUUUUCUUCUGUUCGUGAGUGAAUUAGAGACUUUAACUGCAAGUUUUUUUUCCACAGAUUCAUUUUGCUUAGAUCUUAUUUGAUCUGAACAAUCGCUCUGUUCAGUUAAGCGUGUUUUGUGUCUUUACUGUUGAGGAAACACACACCCAUUGUUAGUCAAUUACAAACCCAGCAUUACAAUAUGAAUUUAGGUUUUUUUUUUAAUGUUUGUCAGUUUUUUUUAGCUUUGAUUCUGAUCAUAUUUAAAAAAACAUCUUGUUUUAAGUUUUUACUCAGAGAUUUGUAUUUGUAUUACGGGAUCAAACCCAGUCAUGUAGAUUUUGGCUACUAAUGCAGUGUUGCUGAGUCGUUAGUGAGAUUGUUUUUUUUUUUUCAUAAAAAAAUAAAUUUGACUAUUCGGCACA